CGCUCCGUCACCACAUCCACCGUCGGUCUGGGAUCUCUCACUCUCCAUCCAAUCUGAGACUCCCAGCUCCUUCGUUUGUCUGCCCUAUCUUUGGACAGUCUACUCGUUUUGUUUGGGUCUCCCUCGAAAGUCUCGCCGUCUUUGUCAGCACCCAGCCUCUAACCUCGAAGUGAGAUCUUUGUUCGAGCGCGUCGCGCCCUUUGCGCCCUCGGAUUGACGGACCUGUUCGGCUUGUGUUCUAGUGAUCGAUUCCCCCUUUCGCAAACAUGGCCGCCUACGAGGAUGCCUACGAGGAGGAGUACUACGAUGAUAUAGAUGACGGGAUUACGUCGGAGGAUUGCUGGACCGUUAUUUCAUCCUUCUUCGAUUGCAAGGGUCUGGUUUCGCAGCAGCUGGACUCCUACGAUGAAUUCGUCUCGUCGACAAUCCAGGAAAUGGUGGAUGAACAAGGCCAGGUGACGCUCGAUCAAACGCUUCCGCCAGAUGAAGAUGAAGUCGACCCCGUUGUCAUCCGUCGAUACGAGCUCAAGUUCGGAACCCUCCUCCUGUCUCGGCCCGCGGUGGUUGAAGGCGACGGUGCCACCAACCCCGUGCUGCCCGGAGAAGCCCGUUUACGAAACCUGACCUACGCCGCUCCAUUUUUCCUGAACAUCAGCAAGCGGAUCAUGGAGGGGCGUGAGCGCCUAGUCGCCGACCGGGACGAGAACGAUAUGCAAGAGUCCACCGAGGAUAAAAAGAACCAAGGGACCUAUCUCGAGUGGGAGGAUAAACCGCUUCCUGCCGGUCAAGAGAAGAAAGAACAGGUCUUCCUUGGCAAGAUGCCUAUCAUGCUCAAGUCCAAAUACUGUAUACUGAAGGACUUGAGGGAGCAAGACCUUUACGACUGGGGCGAGUGUCCGUACGACUCGGGUGGUUACUUUGUCAUCAACGGCAGUGAAAAGGUUCUGAUCGCCCAAGAGCGGAGUGCUGGAAACACCGUCCAGGUCUUCAAGAAAGCGCCGCCAAGCCCGACGCCGUACGUCGCGGAGAUCCGAAGUGCCGUUGAGAAGGGUUCGCGGCUUCUCUCGCAGCUGGCCAUCAAGCUCUUUGCGAAGGGAGACAGCGCCAAAGGAGGAUUUGGGCCCACAAUCCGGUCGACUCUGCCCUACGUGAAGACGGACGUCCCCAUCGUGAUCGUCUUCCGAGCGCUCGGCGUUGUUUCCGACGAGGACAUCUUGAACCACAUUUGCUACGACCGAAACGAUACCCCCAUGCUCGAGAUGCUGAAACCCUGUAUUGAGGAGGGUUUCGUGAUCCAGGACCGUGAGGUGGCUUUGGACUUCAUCGCGAAGCGAGGAUCUUCCCAGUCCAGCAUGAACCACGACCGCCGUGUCCGUUACGCGCGCGAGAUUAUGCAGAAGGAGCUGCUUCCCCAUAUUUCCCAGAACGAAGGCAGCGAGACCCGGAAAGCUUUCUUCUUGGGUUACAUGGUGCACCGACUGCUUCAGUGCGCGUUGGGUCGCCGGGAUGUUGACGAUCGUGAUCACUUUGGAAAGAAGCGUCUGGAUCUCGCCGGUCCCCUUCUGGCCAACCUGUUCCGUGUGCUGUUCACGAGAGUGACGCGCGAUCUCCAGCGUUAUGUGCAGAGAUGCGUGGAGACCAACCGGGAAAUCUACCUGAACCUGGGCGUCAAGGCCAGCACCCUCACCGGAGGUCUGAAAUAUGCCCUCGCCACCGGAAACUGGGGCGAGCAGAAGAAGGCUGCCAGCGCAAAGGCGGGUGUGUCUCAGGUGCUGAGUCGUUACACCUACGCCUCCACGCUGUCCCAUCUUCGUCGAACCAACACCCCCAUCGGACGUGACGGAAAGAUCGCCAAACCUCGCCAGCUCCAUAACACCCACUGGGGUCUGGUUUGCCCUGCUGAAACUCCAGAAGGUCAGGCUUGUGGUCUGGUCAAGAACCUCGCCCUCAUGUGUUACAUCACUGUCGGUACGCCCGCCGAGCCGAUCAUCGAUUUCAUGGUCGGGCGUAAUAUGGAAGUCCUGGAAGAAUUCGAACCGCAAGCCACCCCCAACGCGACCAAGAUCUUCGUCAACGGAGUCUGGGUCGGUAUCCACAGAGAUCCGUCGCAUCUGGUCCACACGAUGCAGGUGUUGCGUCACAAGAGCUUGAUCUCUCACGAAGUCAGUCUGAUCCGGGACAUCCGUGAGCGUGAAUUCAAGAUCUUCACCGAUGCCGGACGUGUCUGCCGGCCGCUUUUCGUCGUCGACAAUGACCCCAGUAGUGAGAAUUGCGGUUCGCUGGUACUAAACAAGGACCACAUCCGCCGAUUGGAGGAGGAUAAAGAACUCGUGAACAUGCCUCUGACUAUUGAUGAACGUCGUGAAAGGUUCUUCGGAUGGGAGGGCUUGGUGGACAGCGGUGUUGUUGAGUAUGUCGAUGCGGAGGAAGAGGAGGCGAUCAUGAUCGUCAUGACGCCGGAGGAUCUGGAGAUAUCCAAGCAGCUUCAGGCCGGUUUCUCUCUGCCCGAAGAGGAGAUGAACGACCCCAACAAGCGAGUGCGCUCCAUCUUGACCCAGAAGGCGCAUACAUGGACACACUGCGAGAUUCAUCCUAGUAUGAUUCUGGGUGUUUGUGCCAGUAUCAUUCCUUUCCCCGAUCACAAUCAGUCCCCUCGUAAUACCUACCAGUCCGCCAUGGGUAAGCAGGCCAUGGGCGUGUUCUUAACCAACUUCGACCAGCGCAUGGAAACGAUGGCGAAUAUUCUCUACUAUCCCCAGAAGCCGCUGGCCACCACGCGGUCCAUGGAGUUCCUGCGGUUCCGUGAACUGCCGGCCGGUCAGAAUGCCAUCGUCGCGAUCGCCUGCUAUUCGGGUUACAACCAGGAGGAUUCCGUGAUCAUGAACCAGAGCAGCAUCGAUCGCGGUCUGUUCCGCAGUCUUUUCUACCGCACCUACACGGAUACCGAGAAGAUGGUCGGCUUGACGGUGGUGGAGCGCUUCGAGAAGCCGAUGCGGGCGGACACCAUCGGCAUGCGCAAGGGUACGUACGACAAGAUCGACGAGGAUGGAAUCAUUGCGCCCGGUGUCCGCGUUUCCGGUGAGGAUAUCAUCAUCGGUAAGACGGCACCGCUGGCUCCCGACGCGGAGGAGCUCGGACAGAGAACCAAGGCCCACACCAAGCUGGACGUGUCGACGCCUCUCCGAAGCACCGAGAGCGGUAUCGUGGACCAAGUGGUGGUGACCACCAGCAACGACGACCUGAAGUUCGUCAAGGUGCGCAUGAGGACCACCAAGAUCCCCCAGAUCGGAGACAAGUUUGCCUCUCGUCACGGACAGAAGGGUACCAUCGGUAUCACCUACCGGCAGGAAGACAUGCCCUUCACGCGGGAGGGUCUUAACCCCGACUUGAUCAUCAACCCCCACGCCAUUCCGUCGCGUAUGACCAUUGCUCACUUGAUCGAGUGUCAGCUCAGUAAGGUGUCCUCGCUUCGUGGUUUUGAGGGUGAUGCCACGCCCUUCACCGACGUCACGGUCGACUCGAUCUCGCGAUUGCUUCGAGAACACGGCUACCAGUCUCGCGGGUUCGAGGUCAUGUACAACGGCCACACGGGACGCAAGAUGGUGGCGCAAGUGUUCUUGGGACCGACUUACUACCAACGUCUGCGCCACAUGGUCGACGACAAGAUCCACGCGCGUGCCCGAGGACCGACUCAGAUUUUGACGCGACAGCCCGUGGAGGGUCGUGCUCGUGACGGUGGUCUCCGAUUCGGAGAGAUGGAGCGCGAUUGUAUGAUUGCGCACGGAGCCAGCUCAUUCCUGAAGGAGCGCUUGUUCGACGUUUCUGACCCGUUCCGCGUCCACAUCUGCGAUGACUGCGGAUUGAUGACGCCGGUUGCAAAACUGAAGAAGGGCCUAUUCGAGUGCCGACUGUGCAACAACAAGCACCGAAUCUCCCAAGUGCAUAUUCCGUAUGCAGCCAAGCUUUUGUUCCAAGAGCUGGCCUCGAUGAACAUUGCCGCUCGCAUGUUUACCAACCGCUCUGGCGUGUCCGUGCGGUGAGGGGAAGACUUGCUUGGCUUCAAUGGGCUCUGACGCAGUGGUUCUGCACCUUUUCCUGUUUCUACUAACUUAUUGAUCAUUGUCGCCCCGCGGGGUAUGACCCAGGCAGAAAACAAAUUGCUGUGGCAUUUUUCCGGCGUAUCGUGGACUGCAGAGGGAUUUCUUUUCUUACGGCUUACAUCGUAUAUUACUUUUACACCUUUUUCUUUCUUGUCUUUUCUCUAUUUCUCUAUUUUUGUUGUCUUUGGGAGGGAUGAAUUGGAGAAGCGAUUGUACCUGCUUGGCUUUACCAGUGCAUACCUCUUGUGUCUUCAGCAGUAGGACGAGUAUAUCGGAAAUAAAACUAUCUGACUUUUCUUGGAGCCUCGCGG